CGUUUAUCCUGUAGGCAUAUCAUCAUCGACAGAGCCCUCCGUGCACUUGUACACGAUGGAGCGCAUUGUAUUGAAGCAGUAAUUGUCACUCUAAAAGAAUGUGCUCCGUGGAUCAAGUCCUUUGACGGCUUGCUUGGUUUCAUGGAAGGGUUGUCGUCUACGGAAGAACGAGAUGCACUCGAUGUAAUGGCCGGAAUCGCAAAGUUAGCAGUGAAUGCAAAGUUCAUUGUAACGUCGCCUGUACCACUGCUACGAGCCAAUCGGAGCAAUUCUGUCACGCUGAGUCAAGAGCAGUGUGCGUGUCUGUUAGCGCAUGCAUUCUUCUGUACAUAUAGAAGAGAACGAUACAGCUUUAAUCGCAUAAAUAUGGCAAGGUGUGCAGGAUUUGACGUUAAAGUUCCGUUCUUCUUUUCUUGCUUGUUUUAUUGGGCUUUGUGUUUGCGGCGUUGUUCCGCUUGGGAGGGGCAUCAGGCUUUUUUGGUAGAAUCUGCAAAGAACUGA